CCCGGCCCGCAUCUUGGCCGCUGCCCCGCUGUCCCGGGAGCGGGACGGGCCGUGCCGGGCCGGGGGAGAAAAUGAUCCACAGCCUGUUUCUUAUAAACUGUUCUGGGGAUAUCUUCUUGGAGAAGCACUGGAAGAGCGUUGUGAGCCAAUCUGUGUGCGAUUAUUUCUUCGAAGCUCAGGAGAAAGCAAUCGAUGUUGAGAAUGUGCCUCCUGUCAUCUCAACUCCACAUCACUACCUCAUCAGCAUCUACCGGGAUAAAAUCUUCUUUGUGUCUGUCAUACAGACAGAAGUGCCACCACUCUUCGUAAUUGAAUUCCUGCACCGAGUAGCAGAUACUUUCCAGGAUUACUUCGGCGAAUGUUCUGAGACGGCAAUUAAGGACAAUGUAGUAAUUGUGUAUGAACUUCUAGAAGAAAUGCUAGACAAUGGCUUUCCACUGGCAACAGAAUCUAACAUAUUGAAGGAGCUGAUUAAGCCUCCCACAAUUUUGCGCUCUGUUGUCAACUCCAUCACAGGCAGUAGUAAUGUGGGAGACACACUUCCCACUGGACAGUUAUCCAACAUUCCUUGGCGCAGAGCGGGAGUCAAAUACACGAACAACGAAGCCUAUUUUGAUGUCAUUGAAGAAAUUGAUGCAAUUAUAGACAAAUCAGGUUCCACAGUCUUUGCAGAAAUCCAAGGCGUUAUUGAUUCGUGUAUUAAGCUCUCAGGAAUGCCAGAUCUUUCUCUGUCUUUCAUGAACCCACGGCUGCUGGAUGACGUCAGCUUCCAUCCGUGCAUUCGGUUCAAACGCUGGGAGUCCGAGCGAGUCCUUUCCUUCAUUCCUCCCGACGGCAAUUUCAGACUCAUCUCCUACCGCGUCAGCUCCCAGAACUUGGUGGCAAUUCCGGUAUAUGUGAAGCACAUGAUCAGUUUUAAGGAAAAUACUUCUUCAGGAAGAUUUGACGUUACCAUUGGACCAAAACAGAAUAUGGGGAAAACAGUAGAAGGAGUAGUCAUGACAGUUCACAUGCCAAAGGCUGUACUUAACAUGAACCUCACUGCUACACAAGGCAGCUAUACAUUUGACCCAGUUACUAAAGUGCUAACGUGGGAUGUGGGCAAAAUUACCCCUCAAAAGCUACCAAACCUGAAGGGCAUAGUGAACCUGCAGUCUGGAGCCCCCAAGCCAGAGGAGAACCCAAGUUUAAACAUCCAGUUUAAGAUACAACAGCUUGCAAUUUCAGGACUGAAAGUGAAUCGCCUUGACAUGUAUGGAGAAAAAUACAAGCCUUUUAAAGGGGUCAAAUACAUUACAAAAGCAGGAAAAUUCCAAGUCAGGACAUGAGAAGAUGCUAAGAGGAAAUUCCCCUUAAAAAAACUUGACUGCUUAGUGACUUAUGUUGGUUAGGUGCCAAUUAAUUAAUAGAACACUGAUUAGUUUGGGAUCAAAGCAUUUGUGCACAGCAGCUCUUCAAAUGAAAGCAUAGCUUAGGUUUUCUUAAUAUAGCUUUAAAAUAAGGUACUUUUUUUCUAUUACACUUUCACUCUUUUUUUACUGAAUUGUUGUGCUGGUGAAUAGUUUGAUAUGGGCAACCCACAGAAUGUUGCAAACACUACACUGCCAGUCGGAUACCAAAGCCCUGAGGUCAAGCACAUUUUGAAGACCAGACAGGCCACUGGAAGUCUUCUGGUGGCAUGUUUUGCUGCUGCAGCCACCUGCAAAUCAAGCUCAGUUCCACCCACAGCCAGCUGCAAGCUGGCAUUCCACAAAGCAAUGUAAUCUCUUC